UACUGGAACGAGACUCACAUAGAUAAACUUUUAACAGCUCUCAAACACUAAUAGAAGAAACACAGCGCUAUCAAGAUGCCAAGAUCAUUUCUUGUGGAUUCCUUGAUAUUGCGGGAGAACAGCGAGAAAGGAAGAGAGAACAGCCCGCCGUUAUUUCCUUACGCUAUGCAUCCAUCUCAUCCUCUCCACGGUCUUUCCGCAGGCUCCUGCCACUCUCGCAAAGCGGGCUUGUUAUGCUUUUGCCCGCUGUGCGUUACGGCGUCACAGCUGCACCCGUCGCCUCCAGCGCUACCAAUCAUCAAGGCUUCCUUUCCUGCCUUCGGCUCCCAGUACUGUCACUCUGCGCUGUCCAGGCAGCACACCACUUCUAGCGGUGUAAACCUCAACAGCGGCUCGGGGUUAUACCAAGCCACGUAUCCAGUUCCAGAUCCGAGACAGUUCCACUGCAUUUCCAUAGAGAAUAAUAGCAACCAACUGCAGAGCAGCAAGCGCAUGCGCACCGCGUUCACCAGUACGCAACUCCUGGAGUUGGAGAGGGAGUUCACUUCCAACAUGUACCUGUCAAGACUUCGGCGCAUAGAGAUCGCAACUUACCUCAACCUGUCCGAGAAGCAAGUCAAAAUUUGGUUCCAGAACCGCCGCGUAAAGCACAAAAAGGAAGGCAAAAGCAGCUCCCAUAGGACGGGCUUGCACAACUGCAAGUGCUCUUCGUCCUUAUCCUCCGUCCGGUGCUCUGAGGAAGAGGAUGAUCUGCCCAUGUCACCCCCGACAUCAGAAAAAGAGGACGCAGAUCUGUCCGUUAGCCCAUGAACUCGUAUUCAUUAUUACCUCAGCAGACUCUCUACGCCACACCUGUGGAAUCUUGAAUGCAGCCAAAAAAAUCGACGGCACCUGCGUGCGCCGUCACCUGUAAAUAGCGAGAAAUAAGAAAACCUUUAUAUAUGUUCUGGGUCUGCGUAUCCCUUUAAUGUUGUAAAUUUGUAUACAUGUUCUAUGUUUGUAUUGUAUUUGUAUUUUUUUCAUUUAGAGUACAGGAUAGCUCAAGCACAGUUUUGGAACGGAAUGGAAAUAUGGGAUGUAACCGAGAAGGCGAACUAACUAAACGUCACUUCA